AUGGAUGCCGAACAGCAAAAGUUCGAGGAGAAAGGAGCACAGGUGCCGGAGAUGGAUCUGAGCCCCGAUUUCCCGUCGAUCGACGAGAAAGCCGAGAAGAAACUCAUCAGAAAGAUGGACAUGUACAUUCUUCCCUUCGUGGUCCUUCUCUAUCUCUUCAGCUUUCUAGACCGAGUCAACAUCGGAAAUGCUCGGUUAUACGGGCUGGAGGAGGACCUGGGCUUGGUGGGUGAUCAAUAUCAGAUCGCGGUGUCGAUAUUCUUCGUCACCUAUUGCUUAUUUGAAGUACCGUCGAAUCUCGUCAUAAAAAAGCUUACUCCGUCACGCUAUAUUGCAUCUAUAGCGGUCAUCUGGGGUAUCAUAGCAACACUUACCGGUAUCACUCAAAACUAUGGCGGCCUUAUUGCUUGCCGUCUGCUUCUUGGUGUCGUUGAAGCCGGUCUUUUCCCCGGCCUCGUCACGUACUUGACUAUCUUCUACAGCCAGCGUGAAAUUGCGCUACGAACGGGCUACCUCUUCAGCAGUGCAGCCCUGGCUGGGGCGUGCGGGGGUCUUCUCGCUUAUGGCAUUGGCUUUAUGGACGGGAUUAGUGGGCUGAAGGGGUGGAGGUGGAUCUUGAUUAUCGAAGGGAUUCCUGCUGUCCUUAUAGGCGUCGCAACUUGGUUCUUCCUCGCGGAUGAUCCCGAGACGGCUUACUACCUCAACGCAGAGGAAAGGGCUUUGGUCGUCAAGUGCCGCAGCCGCCAUUUUGGGCACACCGACUCUGCCCAAAAAUUCCAUUGGGCGGAUGCUAAAGAAGGGGCAUUGGAUUGGAAAAUCUACGCCUUUUCCUUGGCUGAGUUUGGAAUUGAUACCAUGCUUUACGGAUACAGCACCUUCCUGCCUACAAUAAUCAAAGGACUAGGAGAUUGGUCUGUCCCGGAAGUUCAAGCCCUCACGAUUCCUUGCUAUGCACUGGGUGCCAUAGCGUACUUGAUCAUUGCUUGGAUCAGUGACCGCACCCAGCGUCGUGGAGUGUAUGCUUGCGUCUUCGCAGCAAUUUCGAUUGUUGGGUAUGGCAUCCUUAUCUCGGAUUCUUCUUCGGGCGUGCAUUACUUUGGCGCACUGCUUAUUGCUAUGGGGCUGUAUGUGGCCGUUGGGCUGCCACUGGCCUGGCUACCAACAAAUCUCCCGCGCUAUGCAAAGCGAACAUUUGCCACCGGCUUGCAAUUGACGUUUGGAAAUAUCAGCGGCAUAAUGUCUCCCUUCCUCUACAAGACCGAGGAAGGACCUCGCUAUGUGCGAGGCAAUGCUGUGACUCUGGGGAUGGUGGGCUUUGCGGGAUCAGUUUACGGCCUUAUGUGGGCCUAUUAUCAUUGGGAGAACAAGCGUAGAGACCAGGGUCUCAAAGACCACAAGAUUGAGGGCAUGACGGAUGAAGAGAUUGAAGAAAUGGGCGAUAGGAGCCCACGCUUUCGCUGGAACACAUGGUUCGAUCCUUUUCGCUGGGCCGCUGAUAAAGAUUCACCGAUUCCUGAAAGCGAUGGCUGGAACCUCUACUACCGCUUAGGCGGUUAUGGCCCGUGGGUUGAGAAGCUUGAUGGCGCAGUACAGGGUCUUGAACCGCCGGCCGGGUGUCAUGUCGACCAGGUCCAUAUGAUGGCUCGCCAUGGAGAAAGAUACCCAACAAAAUCUGCCGGAAGGCGCCAUCUCGCUCUACUCAACCGGAUUAAAGAGGCAGACGUGAUUCUCAACGGCUCAUUAUCGUUUCUCAAUCAUUGGGAGUACUUUACUACUACUCCCGAGACAGACUUCGACCAAUUGACGAGGACGGGUCCAUAUUCAGGAACCCUCGGUGGCUUCACAACUGGUGCUCGUCUAUUAACACGGUAUCAGCAUCUCCUUCCAAGGGACUCCAAGAUCCGGUUCUGGGCCAGCGAUUGCCAGCGCGUUAUUGAGACAGCCAAGUAUUUCGCAUACGGCUUGCUCGGCCUGGACUGGGAGAAGAAUGGAAAAGCCGAGCUAGAGAUUAUCCCAGAAACAUUUGAUCGACGAGCGGAUACACUGACGCCGGGUGAUACUUGUUUGAUGUACCUUGAGGACACCGAAGACGGACAUGACAAGGGCGCCAACAUGCUCGCGCGUUUUCAAAUGGCGUACGCCCCGGCUAUAGCGGAGCGUUUGAUAUCUGAGCAGGGGAACCCGGGCCUUGGGUCGUUGACGCCCGCUGAAGUCUUCAGCAUGCAGGAAAUGUGCGGCUUUGAAACCCUCGUACGAGGUUCAAGUCCCUGGUGUAAUGUUUUCACACGCGACGACUGGGAGAACUUCGAAUAUGCCCGGGAUCUAGUGCACUACUACAGGGGUGGUCCCGGAAACCCUUAUUCUGGCGCUAUGGGGUGGCUUUGGCUGAAUGCUACGACUGAUCUUCUACAGUCCGGACCGGUGGCUGGUCCUUUGUUUUUCAGCUUUGUCCACGACGGAGAUAUUUCUCCUUUCUUAGACGCAUUGGAUAUUAUGAAAGAUCCGAAAUAUGACCCGGAUCUCCCAACAACUCACAGGGCAACGGAUCGCAUCUGGCGCACCUCACCGGUACUGCCAAUGGGUGGUCGCAUUAUCCUAGAACGUAUGACUUGCUCGUCGACAGAGGAUGGUGCCAAGGGUAGUAAGAGCGAUGUUUUUAUCCGGGUCAACAUAAAUGACGAUAUAGUACCUCUGCCGCAUUGCAAGUCUGGGCGGGGGCUUUCUUGCCCUCUGGACGAGUUCAACGCACAUGUGCGACGUCGCAAGCUUGAAGUUGGGGAUUUUGGGAAAGUGUUACAUUUUGAAAGCUUCUACCGCUGCUCAGGAUGGAGUACCAUUCUGUCCCUCUGGAGGAGCGCGCGAAAGACGACAAGGGGAAUAUUCUCCCAUGGGGUUAUUGAAUCUCGCAACCCCCGACGACCGCCCGAGGAAUCAGGACCUUUCGGCAAGCGACGAAACGCCCGCUAUGAACAGUCCCGAUCACGCACCCGUACGGGAACCCCGGCAAAGAAGGAGAACCAGAAUGUGGCCGAGUUUGGCCGGCUGUUCGCGCAGCAGCAGGAGCAAGAAAAAUCAAGAAACACGCUUCCCAAGUCAUCAUCGUCGUCGAACCUUGACAAUGCUAGAAAGCAGACGGAAAAAGUUGCAACGGAGUGCAUUUUAUACGGAUACAGGGAUAAGGAUUCGGAGUGGAAGGUGAUUGAUAAGUUCGAGCGAAUUUCUCGAGGCGUGAUCUGUGAAGACUACCCAAGGAACGACCCGAAGACCAAUGCUGGCUACUCUCAGAUUCUUAGUGGUGGUGAUGUUGUAAUUCGGGCCAACUUGUCUGCGGAUGCGAACCGCAAGUCGAAGCGAUAUGCAGGUGGAUUCCAUUGGAUUAAAGUUACAUUUGAUUCUUCGAAUGCGGCGGACCGCGCGUGCUUCUACUCGCCGCAGGAGAUCGACGGACACAUUGUUUUCUGUGAGAUCUAUCAUGGGCAAGGACCUGCGGAGGACAUCCCAAUCCCCCAGGGCUCGACAGAGGCGAACCGAUUCAUAACAAACAACAAGCGCGCAUUGACCACAUCUCACUCAACCGCGUUCCUCCAGAACAAGGACAAGGAGCGCACAUCAUCAUUGAAGGGAGGGGAACGCGCAACAUUACCCCGAUCAUUCGGCACAAAUAACCUCGCCAGCAUCGCCGAUGAGGAAAUUAUCUCCCAAGAGUCAACCAGCACAGUCAGCUCUGCAACCGCCACAGGCAUCGAACAACCCAUCGCCCACCAGCGAAAUGUCCCCAAGGAACCUCCCACCCCAUCCGAAUUUAUGACGCAUGUUCCGACCGUACGUCGAACAAAACUUCGACCGAUUACCGAAGCCCUCCCGCCCGCUCCGACAGUCACUGAGCGCGUGCUCCGCUCCAUCCCAAUCCUUAGCUGGUUCACAGGCGACAUUGUCGGCGAUGGCCCGCAACUGCGGGAAGAUGGAACCUUUGACUACGACAAGUCCAAUGUGUACUGGCGAUUCUGGUACAUGGUUGACAUGAUUUUGGGAACCGACAUUUGCGGGCUGAGGGAAGAGUCGUGA